AGAGACUUAAUGCACUUUUGUUGUGCAGGCAUUGGUAAUGGCAUGGUCUUCCUGCAGUCCAUCGUCAUGGCAAACCUGUACUUCAAGAAAUAUCGAGGCCUGGCAUCUGGAUUAACUCUGGCUGGUGGAGGUAUUGGCCUUUUGGUAAUUCCCCUGAUAGAGCGGCUGCUUAUCUCGCAUUACACAUGGCAACCAUCGCUGUACAUUGUGGCUGGGAUUUGUUUAAACACGUGCGUGGCUGGAGCACUAAUGCGUCCAGUUAAGUUACCGAAAGCGGACAACACUAGCGCAAAUCUUGACAACAUCUUGCAUGUGACCCCUGGGAAAAGUCUCUUGCUGAAUAAAGUGUUCAUCUUGUUCUGUUUGAGCUCGUUUAUUUGGGGACUGGCUGUUACUGUCCCCAUCAUUCUUGGCGCAGAUUUUUACAUUGAGAUGGGAAUGAAUGGAUUCCAGGUAAACAUUCUAUUGUCCUGCUUCGGCGUUGGAAACCUCGUUGGACGCCUCAUCGGUGGUAUUAUAUGCAACAUGAAGCGUUUAGACAAGCUUGUC